GGCCGCGCAGGCGCACAGCGCGCGCGGGCCUCCAACAUGGCGGCAGCGCUGCGGGCCGUCCCGCGGCGGCGGCGGCGGGAGCCGGGGGGAUGCUGAGCGCCCGGCGAGGGCAGCGGCGGCAGGAGCAGCGGCGGGCGGCGCUCCCCGGCCAUGGCCCGGCUGGCCGACUACUUCAUCGUGGUGGGCUAUGACCACGAGAAGGCGGGCUCAGCAGAAGGCUUGGGGAAAAUUAUUCAGAGAUUUCCUCAGAAGGAUUGGGAUGACACUCCUUUCCCACAGGGAAUAGAGUUGUUUUGUCAGCCUGGAGGAUGGCAGCUGUCCAGAGAGAGAAAACAGCCUACCUUUUUUGUGGUGGUUUUGACUGAUAUAGACUCAGAACGACACUACUGUUCGUGUUUAACUUUCUAUGAAGCAGAGAUCAACCUGCAGGGAACAAAAGAAACUGAAGGUGAAGAAGAGGAGUCUGGUUUAAUUCAGCCUGCUGAAGUAUUUGCUCCCAAAAGCCUGGUGUUGGUGUCCAGACUAGAUUAUCCAGAAAUUUUCAGGGCUUGUCUUGGCUUGAUCUACACUGUGUAUGUGGACAGCCUGAGUGUGUCGUUGGAGAGUCUCAUUGCAAAUCUCUGUUCGUGCUUUGUCCCUGCUGCGGGAGGGUCUCAGAAACUGUUUUCUUUGGGAGCAGGAGACAGACAACUGAUACAAACUCCUUUACAUGAUAGUCUUCCUGUUACAGGCACAAGUGUGGCUCUUCUCUUUCAACAACUGGGAAUCCAAAAUGUACUGAGUUUGUUCUGCGCAGUCCUGACAGAAAACAAGGUUCUUUUUCACUCGGCAAGUUUCCAGAGGCUCAGUGAUGCCUGUAGAGCGUUGGAAUCUCUAAUGUUUCCUCUGAAAUACAGUUAUCCCUAUAUUCCAAUUCUCCCUGCACAGCUGCUGGAAGUUCUCAGUUCACCAACUCCUUUUAUUAUUGGUGUACAUUCUGUCUUUCGUAAUGACAUUCAUGAGCUUUUAGAUGUAAUCAUAGCAGACCUGGAUGGAGGCACAAUUAAAAUUCCUGAAUGUAUUCAUCUUUCUCAGCUCCCAGAACCACUGCUGCAUCAAACUCAAACAGCUCUUUCUCUAGUUUUACAUCCUGAUUUGGAAACAGCAGAUUAUGCAUUCCCUCCACCACGAACAGCUUUAUCGCAUUCAAAAAUGCUGGAUAAAGAAGUGCGAGCAAUUUUCUUGCGAUUCUUUGCACAACUCUUCCAAGGAUACAGGUCAUGCCUUCAGCUGAUCAGAAUUCAUGCUGAACCAGUCAUUCAUUUCCAUAAGGCAGCCUUCUUAGGCCAGCGAGGCUUGAUUGAGAAUGACUUCCUUACCAAAGUCCUCAGUGGAAUGGCAUUUGCUGGUUUUGUGUCAGAGAGAGGCCCUCCUUACAGAUCUUGUGAUCUCUUUGAUGAGUUGGUAGCUUUUGAAGUGGAACGAAUUAAAGCUGAUGAAGGCAAUCCACCAAAAAUGCUGAAGCACGUCCGAGAGCUUGCAGAACAACUAUUAAAAAAUGAGAAUCCAAAUCCUCAUACAGCUUUCCAGAAAGUCCCACGGCCCACUGAGGGAUCCCAUUUGCGUGUUCACAUCCUUCCUUUUCCCAAGAUUAAUGAGAGCCGGGUUCAGGAGCUAAUCCAAGAAGGCAUUGCUAAGAACCAAAGUGCACCACCUGCUACUCGUCUGGAAAAGAAAUGUGUGGUUCCUGCUGGUCCAUCUGUUGUUUCUAUAAUGGAAAAGGGAAGUACAGUUUUCAACAGUGCACAAAGGCUUGAAGUUGUUAGAAACUGCAUCUCAUUCAUAUUUGAAAAUAAAUUUUUGGAGACUGAAAAGACCUUGCCUGCUACACUGAGAGCCCUAAAAGGAAAGGCAGCUCGACAGUGCCUGACACGGGAGUUAAGCCUUCAUGUUAAGCAAAAUCGAGCAAUAUUGGACCAUCAGCAGUUUGACUACAUUGUGAGGAUGAUGAACUGUGCUUUACAGGAUUGUUCAACUUCAGAAGAAUACAGCAUUGCUGCAGCAUUACUGACUCUGACAACUGCGUUCUACAGGAAACUGGCAACUGGAGUGAGUCAGUUUGCUUACACUUGUGUGCAAGACCACCCUAUAUGGACUAACCAGCAGUUUUGGGAAACAACGUUUUAUAAUGAUGUGCAAAAUCAAGUUCGUUCCCUCUAUCUGACAGCCAGGGAAGACAAUCAUGCAACACAUUUAAAGCAAAAGGAUAAAAAUUCUGUGGGGCUGGACCAGGAAAAGACAGCCAUGGACCUAGCUGCUGAGCAGUUGCGUUUAUGGCCAACACUCAAUAAAGAAACCCAGCAGGAAUUAGUUCAGAAUGAGGAAAGUACAGUUUUCAGUCAGGCCAUUCAUUUUGCAAACCUCAUGGUCUACCUGCUAGUACCACUGGACACAAGUAAAAACAAAUUAUUAAGAACAUCAGCUACAGGAGACUGGGAGAGUGGAAGCAACAGCAUUGUCACAAACAGCAUUGCAGGCAGUGUGGCAGAAAGCUACGACACUGAAAGUGGGUUUGAGGACUCUGAAAACAAUGAUGUUGCCAAUGCCGUUGUGCGCUUCAUCACCCGAUUUAUUGACAAGGUUUGUACAGAGAGUGGGGUUACACAGGAUCACAUCAAAGGCCUUCAUUGCAUGAUACCAGGCAUUGUAGCGAUGCACAUAGAGACUCUGGAGGCUGUCCAUCGGGAGAGUAGAAGACUACCACCAAUACAAAAGCCUAAGAUUCUGCGACCAGCUUUGCUUCCAGGAGAAGAGUUUGUAUGUGAAGGUCUCCGUGUGCUACUGGAUCCUGAUGGCAGAGAAGAAGCAACAGGAGGAUUACUUGGAGGCCCUCAUAUUCUCCCAGCAGAAGGAGCAUUAUUCCUUACUACAUAUAGAAUUAUAUUUAAAGGCACUCCUCAUGAUCAACUAGUUGGAGAACAGACGGUGGUCCGAAGCUUUCCUAUUGCAUCUUUAAUGAAGGAGAAGAAGAUUGCUAUUCAAAACCAGUUGCAACAGAAUAUGCAGGAAGGACUGCAGAUCACCUCAGCCACCUUUCAGUUAAUUAAAGUAGCAUUUGAUGAAGAAGUGAGUCCUGAAGUGGUAGAAAUAUUUAAGAAGCAGCUAAUGAAGUUCCGUUACCCUCAGUCCAUCUUCAGUACUUUUGCUUUUGCAGCUGGACAGACAGCACCACAGCUAAUCUUACCAAAGCAAAAAGAAAAAAACACUUCAUUUCGUACCAUCUCAAAAACAAUUGUGAAAGGAGCCAAACGUGCAGGGAAGAUGACUAUUGGUCGGCAGUAUUUAUUAAAGAAGAAGACAGGCACAAUAGUGGAGGAAAGAGGGACUCGUUCAGGCUUGAAUGAAGAGGAUGAUAUCUCAGUUUCAGAUGACAGUGAACUGCACACAAGUGGUACUUUAAAAGCGUCAGAUAAAUCAACAAUGGAGCAGUUAGUAGAAAGAGCCUGUUUUAGAGACUACCAGCGUUUGGGGCUUGGAACCAUCAGUAGUAGUUCUUCUCGCUCAAAAACAGAGUAUUUAAAAAUAACUGCAUUGAACAGGAUGUAUUCACUUUGCAGAAGCUAUCCUGGGCUUCUGGUAGUACCUCAGUCUGUGCAGGACAGCAGCUUACAGAGAGUAGCUCGUUGUUAUCGUCACAAUCGCCUACCAGUCGUCUGUUGGAAGAGCUCAAAAACCAGUAGUCUUCUCCUUCGUGCUGGGGGCUUUUAUGGAAAGGGUGUGGUUGGCCUCUUCAAAUCUCAAAACACACAGACUACCGCUCCUGCCUCUUUAGAAUCUUCAAGCAGUAUAGAACAAGAGAAAUACCUACAAGCCUUACUGAAUGCAAUUUCCGUCCAUUACAAAAUGAAUGGCAGUAAUACUUUAACUGUAAGACCAGCAAUCGCUCUGUCACCAGGCACUGAAAGGAGGGCUUCAAGAAUGUCCACUGUGUUUAAGCAGGUAGUGCCAGGACACUUGGAUGUAAAUCUAUCCAAUAGCUUUGCUCGAGGAGGUGUGUGGGCAAGUCUUCGUUCUAGCAACCGGUUUAUCAGCACUCAGACACCAUUCCUAGAUGUUGGGGCAAGACUGGCAGGGAAAGAUAACCCAGCUGCCUACAGUAACAGCACCUUUUUGCAAAACCAGCUCCUGAAACGCCAAGCUGCCCUCUACAUAUUUGGAGAAAAAUCUCAAUUAAGGGGCUUCAAACUUGAUUUUGCUUUAAAUUGUGAAUUUGUUCCUGUUGAGUUUAGUGACAUCCGACAGACGAAAGCCAGUUUUAAAAAGCUGAUGAGGGCUUGUAUUCCCAGCACCAUUCCUACAGAUACUGAAGUAACAUUCCUUAAAGCUCUGGGGGAUUCAGAGUGGUUUCCACAGCUUCACAGGAUAAUGCAGUUAAGUGUGAUCAUCUCAGAACUCCUUGAGAAUGGUUCCUCAGUUAUGGUUUGUUUGGAAGAUGGCUGGGAUAUUACUGCACAGGUGGUGUCUCUGGUGCAGUUACUCAGUGAUCCAUUCUAUAGGACACUUGAAGGCUUCCGCAUGCUAGUGGAAAAAGAGUGGCUCUCUUUUGGUCAUAAAUUCAGUCAACGUAGUAAUUUAACCCUCAAUUGUCAGGGUAGUGGAUUUGCUCCUAUUUUCUUACAGUUCUUGGACUGUGUGCAUCAGAUUCACAACCAAUAUCCAACAGAAUUUGAGUUCAAUCAGUAUUACCUGAAGUUCUUAGCUUUCCACUAUGUUUCAAACAGAUUUAAGACAUUUCUUCUGGAUUCAGACUAUGAAAGACUAGAGCAUGGAACAUUGUUUGAAGAUAAAGGAGAUAAACAUGCCAAAAAAGGAAUCUGUAUUUGGGAAUGUAUUGAAAAAAUGCACAAAAGGAACCCUGUUUUCUUCAAUUACCUCUAUGCACCUGUUGAAACAGAGGCUUUAAAACCAAAUAUAAAUAUGUCCAGCCUGAGAAAAUGGGAUUAUUAUGUUGAAGAGACCUUGGCUAUGGGACCUUCCUAUGACUGGACUAUGGUUACUUCAAAAAGCAGUGCUUUGGAGGAAGGUGACCAAAUGGAUGGUUCUGUUUCCCAGAGUAAGAGGAAAAUAGUAUGGCCAUGCUAUGAUGAUGUUAGCAAAGUACAGCCUGAUGCAAUCACCAGCCUCUUAAAUGAAAUUGAAAGAUUGGAGAAUAAAUUAAAUCAAAACCCAGAAAGGUGGCAGCUUUUGUGGGAAAGGGUCAAAGUGAAUUUUAAAGAUGACACCAGACAAGACAAUCUUCAGAGACAUCCUUCUGGCUCCUCAGGGAUAUUAUCUGCUAAUCUACAUUCUUAUCAAAAGAGGUCUUUGUUGCAUCUUCCUGACAGUGGACUGGGUGAAGAACAGAGUAUGAGCGUUACUCCCUCUAAUGGAGUGGACAGAAGAGCAACCACAUUAUACAAUCAGUUCACAUCAAAGCAUGAUGAAAAUAGGUCAUUUGAAGGUACACUUUACAAAAGAGGAGCUCUGUUAAAAGGUUGGAAACCCCGUUGGUUUGUACUGGAUGUGACAAAACACCAGCUGAGAUACUAUGACUCUGGUGAAGACACAAGCUGUAAGGGACACAUUGAUCUUGCAGAAGUAGAAACAGUGAUUCCUGCUUCCCCAACAAUUGGAGCUCCAAAGCAUGCUAGUGAAAAAGCAUUUUUUGAUCUCAAGACAAGUAAACGUGUGUACAAUUUCUGUGCUCAAGAUGCACAGAGCGCGCAGCAAUGGAUGGACAAAAUCCAGAGCUGUAUUUCAGAUGCAUAACAAGGAAUACCAUUCCACUGCCAACUGUAGGAAAGAAAUGCUUUCAACACCUCAUUGUAUAAGAAGAUAUUUUCUUAAAUGCUACUGCUGAGCAAGCAAACCUUCUUUUCAUUUCAGCCAUAAAUUCUCAUAAUACGUUGAAGUAUCAUCUUUUUAAAUAUAAUAACCACUAUAACUAUGUUUUUUCUCCAUCAGGGAGGGCCUCUUAAAUUAAUAACCUGAUUAGCUGUAGUAUUGUUCUUUCCAGUAUGUCUCCUAGCUAAAUGAGCCUGCUGUAUUGCACAGGAAUUAAUCUACCAUCAGAAACUGUUUUUCUAAUCACAAAGUUGCUCAAAUUGUCCAGUUUUAACUUGUCCAGUGUCAACUGUAGAUAUUCUCCUUCAAGUAGAAUUGUAUUUUCACCAGGUUUAUGUAAGAGUAACAAACCUAAACAGUCUUGUUUUCAGAGUAGUCAAGUAUCUGGGGGACCAUUUCUGCAGUUUUGAAAAAAUAGUUAAAUUUGUUCAUACCAGAUUGGAAAGUGUGUUGGGCACUUUUUUUUUUUUUUUUUUUUUAAAGACCAAAAAGUGAAACCUAAUAUUUGAUUUUCAAAGAGAGGUUUCUUCUGAAUCUUCCAGCUGCUUUCUCUACCAAGAAGUUUACUAUUAAUUUAUGGCAUUUCAAUUCUGUGUUUAUCUACAGUAGGACAAUAGAUGACAAUAGCAAGAAGAAAUUGGUCACAAACUGACUUUUGUAGGAGAAAUUCUCUCCAUGAAGUUUCAAAGUUGUGUGUGUUAAUUUAUGUGCUGUUCUGCUCGUUGUAAAAUUAAAAAAAUAACAAACACAGUGAUAAUGCACUAAACAAUAAAGCAAGCACUUGCACUGAAAUCUUCGAAAUGCAGACAUUUUGAAAGACAGAGGUAAGUUAUUUAUAGCAGAACAAUAGUAGCUAGUUAACAACAUUUACAAUUAUUAAAUAUGUACAUAAUUGGAUUUGAUGUGUUGUGAUUUGAUACUUUAAAAACAUUUUUGCACAUAAAUUGGAAGACUGUUUUUAGAUUUUUACAUUUGAUAACAUUGUAUGUGUUCAAUUUAAAAUCUCUGAGGAAUGUUGUUUUUUUUAUAUAGCCCAAAAUUAAUAGUGGUUUACAUGCUACAACUUGUGAUGACAUUGUGAUGUCUUUAGAAAGCUAACCCAUUUUUUUUGUUUUGAAAUGUUAAUAUGUUAAAUAGCAAACUAAUAUUUCAGAGAGUUUGUAUAUAUGAUUUAAUAUUUUCUGUUUUUUUCUAGACAUUUUACUUGUAAUUUAAUAGAAACUAACCCAACUGACUUCAUUUAUAACAUUUGAGUUCUUUAAUGAGUUGUCCUUUUUUAACCAUUGUUCCUCUUUUGACAAAAUAAUUCAAAUUUCACAUUGUACACAGAGUAGGAAAUGUAGCUGUUUUUAAUACAUUUGAAAUUUCAAAACGAAGGAAUGAAGGAGUUUUCUAGCGUUUUUCAAUUGAUAAAUAUCCACCUGUGAGAAUGGUAUUUGCACAUUUGUAUUUUUCUUUGUAUAUGAAGUACUUUUAUAUGUACUUUGUAAAAUACUGAUCCCAUUGUUUCCUAGGUUUUUGAAAAUGUACACAACACUUCUUAUUUUGUAACUAGGUUAUUUUAACUAUUUUAUGUAUGUUUCAUGACUUGUAUAUGCUAACCAUCUUGUAAUAAAUACACUUCUCAAGGAAAAAAAAUCACCUUUACUAUAAAAGGGUGUAGAGUUACUCUAUAAUACCCACAGAAUAAAGAGCUUGCUAUAUCUUCACCAUCUAGCCAUGGGAUGAAGAGAAAUCCCCAAAUAUCAUGUAUUAAAACCAGUGGGUUCUUGUGUAUAUUUGUAUAUUUUACUACACCAAAGGCUUGUACUUUGAGCAAAUUUAACUCAAAUGCCUCUACACCAGAAACUGAGGAAAUCAGAAUUUAAAGCAAUGUUUUCAUUCAUGCCAACUUCAAUGUAUAUACCUUAUCCAGAGACCUAGUACUAAGCUCUUAAAUAAUCCAGAGAGACAUAAUUAUUGUACUAAAACCUUAAAUAAUAAUAAUGUUAAGAAACCAAAGCUUUCACAUCAUAAACUAUCAUUAUUGACCUUUAGCUGAACUCACAAAAGCAGUCAUAUCUUAUAUAUGUACUUAAUUUUGUGUUUCAAUUAAGCAGUCAAAAAUCAGAGGUGAGUUGUGCAUCUGACUUACACAUGCAACAAAUAAACAUGAGUCUAUCUGGGGAGUGGGGUUAGAACAAAAAGGGAUUAUGUUACAGGGGUGAGUAGACUGAGACUUUUGUGAAUAUUGUGUUGUGAGGUUGGAGUAUGAAGCAAGUAAACUGUGCUUGCUCUAGAUGUUAAUGAUGACUUAUGAGUUGAUCUCAAUUCUUAGUAUUUGUAUUGAUGAGAAAUGCAUCUGAGCAUUAACACAAAACGUUCCAAAAUAAAAAGAAAAUCCACACAGGAGUUUUAAUUGUAAAGUCAGAUUUGUGUUGGAUGUGUAUGAAGACACUGUAUAAGAGUCCUUUAGUGUAGAGGCGUAGAAUUUGCAGGGGCCAUGGGUUUCUACCAUCAGCAAGAUAAAAGAGAAAGAGCAGAUUCAGGGUGGGGAAGCAGGUAGAAAAGGCAGGGAAAACAUGGAGAUGUAGGAGUAGCAUGAGAUUUGAGGGGCAGCAAGAGAGAUGGGUAGGCAUGAGGCAGGACAAGGAAGCUUUCUCCGGUGGCAGGAGAUUCCCUGUGCUGAAGGAAUCCCAGCCCAUUUUCUGUGUAGAUUCCCCAACAUAGAGAAAUUCAAUCCUGGUGAGCAGGAGCUGUCUCCAGACUUUCUAUGGGAAAAAUCCUGUAGGACAACACUUCCUCUAUCAUGCAGCACUUGUACUCCCCUUCUAUGAACUAUCAGACUCCCUUGGAAGAAAGAGAUCCAUUAUCAUGGGACAUAUUUAUAGAGCACAGAGUACCUUGCCAUUUGUUCCUUGUCUUGUGGCACCACAUAAAAUGGAUUUUUUUUUAAUUCAGAGUUUGGCAUUUGUAAGCACUGAUACCACAAUGUCAUAUUACUGACCUCUCAUUUAUAUCCAAAACAUAAUUAUGUUUUUACAGAAUUUUUUACUGAUAAAAAUAAGCAAACCCAUGUUUUAGUACUUUAGAAUUAUGCUGAUCAAUAAAAUAUUUUGGCAUCUCUA